AGUUGCUGCCUAGAAAUGACAGCGCAUGCAAACAACCUGUGGAGAACCUUGUUAAGUGAUGCCCGGAGUGGGAAAAUAAUAUUUUUUAUUAUUUCAAAAUUGACUGACAUUCUGGACUGUACUGGGAGUCCAUACAUUUCCAAAAAAACCAAACCUUAGCUAAGCUAAGGGAAAGAUCCUAUCGAUAAGAUCGAGGAAGGCUGUAGAAAAUACAUGCAGGAGUUUAGUGCCCCAUUGCAAAUAACGGUCCCACAGAAACACGGAGGGACACCAUGAAAUAAUUGUCUGACAGUCAUUUCAUUAAUGGUCUGCAUUGCCUGAUGUUUUUGUGUUUCUGAUGAAGCAGCUUCUGGAAGCUGCAGACUAUUUCACAAAAUGCCCCAAAGCUCGUCUACUAGGGCACCAGUGCCAGAUGUCCAAGUGAAAGACAUCUUCUCCCUCCAAGUCCUAGGAGGUAUGGGAGGAUUGCACAAGGCUCAAGGGAGAAACACUGAAUCCAGAACAAUGCAGCAGAUCUGUGAGGCGGCUGAGAUCCCUGAAACGUCUCCAUGUGACUGCAGCCUGAAGGGUUGGGGUUGGUGGGAUGUUUUUUUGCAGACUUAGUCAAUAGGGCUUCUCCACUGAAGUGCAUCAAGUGGUAAGACCCAGCGUAUCCCAGUCCUUUCAAAAUCCUUGGGAGCAGUAAAGCCCAUUCUCAUAUUUUGGUGAAAACCAGAGUAUUUACCGUGCCUUUACCGUGCCUGUCUUUUAGGAUGAGGACUUUCAUCCGGGCUUUACCAGUCAGCCCCAUGUAAGUUGUCUCUUGUUUCCCAUCCUACAAAAUGAGCUUGCAUUUUUACUACUUGCCCUUUUAUGUGGAUUAAUAUGAUAUUUCAUGUUUGUUGUUGUUUUGUUUUAAGCAUCUUUGUUCAGUAUAGCCCAAACCGAUGCAUUUCUAUGCCAGAGAACCUCUGGGUUUUGACCACCCUGUAACACUGGCAUCAUCAGUAGGUGCCAGAACACAUCAUGUUUCACAUCUCCAUGCCUGUAGAGUUCAGGCAAACUGAGAAGUGGAGGCUUUCCCAGCAGAGAGAGGGAAUACUAGCCUAGAUUAUUUGUUACCAUUAAUUACCCAACUUGUGCCUCUGUCUGGCAGCUGAAACACAGGCAAUGCGGAAGAUAGUGGCCCUUUCCAGCCUGGUCCUUUGUGCCACAUGGUGCCCUAGGGAUCUGCAAUCAGUGCUUUGAUUAUUAGGGUAAAAUUGGUCAUAAAGGGGAAAUAGAAUGAAAUAAAAUGAAAGCGCAGCUAUCAGUUUCACUUGAGUUCUGCGUGAUCCAUUUUAAUUUAAAUGGAAAAUGACACAUAACUUAUCUACAAUGGUUUAAAGCCCCAGUCAGAAUGCUGUUGCCAACACCAGACAGUGACAAGUUUUAGCAGCACUAUGAUGGACAUAAAGCUCUUUAGUAUGCACAGAAAACCAAAUAUCAGACGCUCUGCUGAGAAAAACAGCUGGGCCUAGCCAAAAAAGCGUGGAGCCAGGGGCAAGAGGAGCUGCCUAGCGCAACCUCUCACUGUGUGGCUUGGCUCCUUUUUAUCUGUUUCUGAGCAUUUCAAAUGGCAGGAGUAGAAAACACCCAUCACAAGGGGUGCUAUGAUGCAAAGUUGUGCAUGUGAAGCAUUUCGACAUCUCCAUGAGCCUGCUGCUACAGGGUGACCUCAGGCCAGGGUGAGCUCCCGGUGUCCCUCAUUACGGGGAUUGAGGAGCUCAGCUGGAGCAAGGGACACAGCUCCCAAAAGCAAAAUCCCUCAAGCCAGCAGCCCAUCGCACAGUGUUUCUGUGGUCAUGAUGUGUUACAUGUGGAAAAAAAUCCCCCCUUGGAGAAGGUGAGGAAGGAGCAAGCAACACUUUUGCCUAGCAUAGUGGAGAUGGAGAAGCCCCAGCACAUGCAGCUGGUGUCACAGGUGUCCCCAUGCCCUGGGACAGCUGGGGUGGCCAUACCUGUGAGCUCCCAGCAGGGCAGGGGGGUGGGCUGGGUAUGGGUGUCAGAGUCAGGUAGGUUGCAUCGCCCCACCGCAGGCAGCUCUGGCCAGUGCCUCUUUCCUCGGGAGGAGGAAGCUCGCACGCAGGGCAGGAAGCAGCGAUGGAACAGCCAGCUCAGGAAGGGGACAGGGCCAGGAGUUUGUUUUUAACCUGCUUCUUGUUUAUUUAAGCUGGGAGGAAGGCGAAUAAAAGCAGCCACUGAAAGGGGAUGGUGGUGUCGCAAGCGGUCGGAGGCAGAAAAUGCCUUUCCAGUGUUUUUCACCAGAGCCAAGGUGUUAAAAACUGGUAUCCUGAGCCUCACAUCAAGCUAGCAGCAGGGGCUCAAUGGCACUGCUUUGAAGGCUGGAGGAGGGCAGUGAAGCUGCCUGGUCCACUGCUGUAGGGAUUUUUGUCCUGCUUAUUUUGGGUAGGAUAGGUAAAAGCAACUUGUUCCCCUUUGCACAGAGACAUCAGGUUUGCACUUAGGGAUGAGGAAGCCCUUGCUUCUGCUGUCAGCUGCCAGUGCUGCCCAUGCUAUGGGGCUCGCUGCUCCUGCCCUGAGAGGCACUGUCUUGCAGAUUUUCUGGUCCCACCAAGGCAUGUAACGCUGUCCACGUAUAGUUGAUUCUGCAUGUAGGGCAGCACCAGGUGUUCACAUUUCUCCUGCAUCACUCGUGCUCCCUGCUCUGGGCUUCAGCUGAGGGCAUAUUUCUGCUCCAACAAAGCAGGGCUCACUGGUGAGAUGUGUGUCCCAAGUGAAACUGGGUAAGAACAGGUGCUGCUUCCCCCAUCUGCAGACCCAUAGUGCCCUACAGCCCCUAUCCAUUCCCACCAGGUGCCAUGGAAGAUCCUGGCUGUGUGGGACUGGCAGUGGGAUGCUGGAGUGGGGUCAUCCUACAUCCUUGAGUUUCCAUCACCUCCUCUUGUUUAUUUUACCUUGAAAGGACCAGAAAGGGACCCUUGGUUUUACCAACCUGAGUCCAUGCACUUCAAAACCUUUAAGCCAGUUUUAGGAUGAACUUCUUCAGUGUCCUGUCCCCUUAAGAGUAUGGAUGUGCCCUAAUAUAGUUGUAAUUCUCCUUCCAAGUUUGCUUAGAAAGCAAACGAAGACAUUACAAAAAUCCAGCUGACCAAAAAAACCCAGCUCUGGCCAGCCAUUUCAGGCUAAGCUAAUGCAAUUAUCAUUCUUAUCCAUAUUGUCAUGCAGUUAGUCCCGCUGAGCCUAGUGCUCAACUGUCCUGAUUUUUCAUCAUAGAUUCUCUUUGUUCCUCUUCAAGUAUUGCUCCUGAUUAAAGGCUCUGAUUUGAGAAACUUAAUCUCAGAUUUUAUAGUGACAGUUGAUUUUUCUUUCAGCAAGUUUGUUUGGUAUGGAUAAACUGACAUAUAACAUUGACGUGUUUUUGACACCUUUUUACUUUUUGGUUUCCUUUGUGGAUACUUUUCCUAAUUCUUCUGAAAAUAUCGUAGAGCUCAAGCUCUCAGCAAGGAUGAUAAACCUGCUUGCAGGUGUUUCUAUGUAUGAGCAGAAGUGAAGUGGAAGCAGGAAUCAGGAAAGCAAAUGCCUGAUGCAAUUUGGGUCACACUUCCAAAGGGAAUUAUCAUUCCUCACAUGCUUUCUCACACAGCAGGACACAGGAGUGCAGGGAUUGCUGCCUUGGAUCCAGGCUCACAGUUCUUUUGCUUCCUUGUCUCUGAAGGUACCCAAUCUCCUAUGGCAAUGAAUCCCACUCUUGUGAUGUGCUGCUGAACACAUCGCCAUUCCUCCAACCAUUUACUGCUUAUUCUUAAAAAUCAAAUCAAACAUCCUCUUUCCCUUCUAUUGAGCAAUAAUUUGGACUUUCUUGAGCCUCCUUCCCUUGGGCUUUGCUAUCUCCUCUCCAUUUUGAUCAGUCAGCGCCAACUCUUCUAGAUUCCCUUCCAUCAUUGUACAAGAGCUUUCCCAUCAUCUUGAGCAGGAGUUUCUUUGGCCCUUGAUGCAGAACAAUGACAGAAUGAUCUGUCCUCCUGGGUAUCCAUACUGUUAGCUCACCUGGACUGCAGAUGUAGGAUUAGUUAUUUUGAGAUCCAGGCAAAGAAAGUCACUCUAUAGAUAGGACCAUACUAACAUAAGGAGCUGUUUCAGCUGUGAUACUAAUAAGAUUUGAUUUUAUUACUGUGAUCUGGGCCAAGACUUAAGAUGGGGACCUCAGCCAGUUUUUGGCCACUCCUUCUACCAUCUUGUUUCCUCACAAGCCCAGAUCUCCCCACUCACCGUUCCCACACCUCCCAGCAGGCUUCUUGUGACACAGAGGCCAUUGACCUGUAAGUGCCAGGAUGGCUAACCUAGUUUUAAACAAUUGUACUUUCACCAGAAACCUAAUUUUGCAGUUGAAAAAUGUACCCCAGCAGCCCCUGUUUGUUAUCCAUAAAGCAGAGAGGUGGGUCUACUCUGACGGUGUUGGCUGGCAGAGUGAAUGUAAAAGGAGGAGCUGGUAUAGGAGAGCGAUUAAAAUGAUCAGAGGGACAAAAUCUAACACAGAUCUGGUGUUAUGCCACUCGAAGAGCAGUGGGAGUGAGGGCUCAGUUGACAGCAUAACUUUGAAGGUGGCAGUGAGAGUGAAAGCCAGUCAUACAAGAGUCCCCGGCACAGCUGUGGACUCACUGUAGCUGCCCAGAGGUGGUCUCCUGGGUCCCUGGGAUCAUGUAAAGCUAGCAGGGAGCUGCCAAAAACACUGCUGCUGCUGCAGAGGACACCUCUGUGCAGCACAUCUGUGCUACUUAGGGAUUCAUGAGACAAAAGAUUGUUUUUCCUUUUGCAUUGUAGUUGUAGCUCACGGUUUGAUGCACUGAAUGUCCAAGGACGUGACUACCCAUGACUGUGCCUAUGUAAGAUGGUCUGUGCUGGCAGAAGGCAGGUGACAGACAGUCAAAGAUACCACUGACAUCAUUUUGAGGCUGGGUGAAUAUACUGCAGCUGAAAAAGCACUAAAAAUGGGCAUUUAUACACCCUUUACAGUCAACUGUAAAGAUAGAAUAGGCAGUGCGGUUGGGGAUGCUUUCUUCUCAAGUUAGUUAUUCUACACAUCCCAUUAAAAGACCCCACUUUCAGUCAACUAAAACUUUGCCAAAUGAUUUGAGGUGAUGUUUUCCGUGCUAGAUGUCUGCCUCUGGCUGACUUUUUUUGAGGGAAAAAUUCAGCCAGUCUGGUUUGGCCAACUCCUGGCACCAAGCGCAAGAGGCAGGGGAAGGAGAAGCUGUUUCACACCAUGCCAAACGCUCAGUGUUUUGGUGACCUUUUCUCUGAACAGUUCUAGCACACCCCUGCUUUGGAGCGGUAAUCUGAAUUUUGGCAAGAGGGCCAGAUGUUGUGUCAGGCAUUUGCUUUUCAUUUUCCAUGAGCAAAUUUGCUCCACUUGGUCACAUUAUAAAUCCUGAAGGAAGGCAAAGAAGUCACGGCUUGCCUGUGGUCACCAGGCUACAUAUCCACCAUGCCAAGGAGGCCACUUGGCCAACUGAUGGGCAAAGGUCUUGGUGGCCAUUGGUGGCAGCUGUGGCUCAGCACAGGCUUGCACUGAGUGAAGCGGCCCUUUGGCCACCCUGGAUUUGCACAGCAAGAAUAGGGCCAGCCUGAUUCUAAUGCAGAGAGGGAAAAGCUGGCUUGCAGACAUCUCUGGCUUGCUGCAUGGCGAUGUCUGGUUAGCGGGGUUUUACAGCCUUGCUAAUGAGCAACAGGGCUGUCAAUACAGUAUGAUAUGGUGGGAUUUCUGUCUUUUUGUGAUUUGAUAAAUUGCACCUAGACAGUUAUGUUAGAGAUGAUUGUAUCUGCACUGUUAAAUAUUGGGAGGCUUAGAAGUGCUAGGAUUGAACUGACCUGUGCAAUUUCAAUUCACUUUCUGAACCACUUUUAAGAGAUAUAUAUCUAUCGCUACAUUCUUCAUCCCACACAGCUGGCUUUCCCAUCUGAAGUCACAUAAUCUUAGUUACAGUGUAUUGAUAUUCCACAAUCUUUUGUUGCUUUUUUCAAUAUUGAACUCGAACUGGAAGUGUUUGAAAUCAAUUGAAAUUUCACAAACCUUACUGUUGUUUUGUACCCUAAAAGCAACGCUCUUUCUUGUCACUUGUGCAGCAGUGACAUGAGAGAGGUGUUUAGGACUGAGACCCGACAUUUGCCAUUAGCCCUUAGUGGCUUUUAUGUGGAUGUCUGUGAACUUGCAGGCUUGAGCAGAAGGGGCCCAACUCUGUGCUGUGUGAACCACGGGGUGGCACAGGAUGCUCAGUGUCAUCUCAGUCACGUACACUGACCCCAUUGCAAUCCUUUAAUGUGCCAGUCUCUCUGUCAUCUGACCACUGCCUAUACCAACACCCCUGCCUACUGGUAUUUAUAAAAUAAAUACAUCCAAGGGUUUUAACAGUAACAGCGCUACGUGAGCAGGCAACCAAAGUUCCUACAGCAUACUACUUCUAAUAUUGUUAAUUCCUCCACAAGCAAAGGACGUGUGCAUACAGGAAUGAAUGAUCUUGCUGUAAGGGCACCCACCUGGGCUCAGGAGGCAGGAAUGGGCCAGCCACAAAUGGCCCAUGUGGCCUUGGAUAGACCUUGACCCAACUCACCAGGGUGAGGGAGUGGGGUCAGAAAGGGUUCUGAUUUAACACGAAUAACUCCAUUAAGGACUGGAUGAUGAAAAAUUAAUGCUAAGAAAUGCAGAGCAACGCAAACAGCAGGGAGUGAGUGACAGAACAAGAGAGUUGCGGUCACUGUAUCUUUGAAUCUUCCAUGUUUAUUAGAAGAUUUCAGUCUUGUUUCAUUAAAACGGUUUUCAUUUUAUUUAGUGUACAUCCUCCUGUGUCUCAUGGUUAUUACCCAUGGAUGCCCAAGGGAUUUGUGCAGCUGAGAAGCUUAGCUGUCUUAGGGGUAGUCAAUUCUGUGGGUAACACUGAUUCAAAGUGAGCAGAGUUUGCAGCUAAUUAAAAUGCUACACUUCAAAAUCACUUUUCCUAAUUACUAAUAUUUAGCAGCACUAUUUUAACUGCAAUUUCCAUGUUCCGUGGGGAUUUGAACUCCGCUAAUUUCCCACUAACUCUCUUGGCACCAUUUAGCAUAUCAAAAUGACCAUGAAAUUGGAAAACCUUAGUCAUUUUUCUUCUCCAGGAAUUCAUGCUGGCAGUAACAGGAAAAAUAUUUGGUAAAGCAAAAAUGUGGCCAGAUUCAAGCCUUUUGCCCUUUUUCCUCACCAAAAGCAGCUGUGCUACAAUUCUUUCUGACCUAGAGGAGCACAGGAGCAGCUUGAGCCACAAGUCGGGAUACCCUAUAAAGCUGGGCAGAGAGGUACUGCUAAAAAGCAUUUUCUUGGUCAUAAAAUGAGUCAAUAUCUGCUGAGAUCAGUAUCUCAAUCUUUUAACUCCCAUUCUUGGCACUGGCUGCUGGAACUGAGCUGCUAUGCCUGUGCAACAUCAGACACCAAACCACUGGCAGAAUGAAUGCUAGAUCCCAAGUGUGCUGUUUCCCAGGCUCCUGCUCUGCCUAGCAGACCACACUCCCUCCUCCUGUAAGACAGCAAUGUCCUUUACAAAUUGUGAAAAAGGUAACAGGAACAUGAGACUUCAGUUUGGAGUAAGGCACAGUGCAUUUGCAGCGCUCCCAAGUAAUCACAGCAAUUCAAACACAUAAGUAGCAUCAAUACAUGAAUUUGCAAUAUGAAAUGUUUAGUUAUUUAGCAAUAGAAUCUUCAAAUUGGCCUCCAACAGUUACUCUGAAGAGUUACAUAAACAUUCAAUACAAAUAAGAUUUUUUUUUUUUUUAAACUGAAAUGGAAUACACAAAUCCCUUCAGUAAACGCUUGUCUACACAGAUCAAUGUCAGCUCUCAUUCAUUCACUGCUUUUAAGUAUUUGAGUUCAUUCCUCUUAUUUGGGUCUUAUCCACCUUGCUUUGUUGUAGAUGCUUUAGAAUUAUAGAAUUAUAGAAUUGUUAAUGUUGGAAAAGACCUCUAUGAUCAUGAGGUCUGACUUGCAGUCCAUCCCCAUUGUGCCCACUAACCGCAUCCCUCAGUGCCACAUCUACACAUUGCUUGAACACCUCCAGGGACGGUGACUCCACCCCUCCCCUGGGCAGCCUGUGCCAAUGCAUCACCACUCUUUCGGAGAUGAAAUGUUUCCUAAUACCCAUCCUGAACCUCCCUCUGUGCAACUGGAGGCCACUGUAUUUGAUUAAAGGAAAUUCUGCCUUUCCUAGGUGCUCUAAACACAGCCCCUUUCUGGUUCUCUGUUGUGUGCCCAGCAUCCCACAGCCAGCUCCACACAAAGCCUUCCCUUACAGCUCCACUCUGUCUCUUCUUUGCAACCAGAGUAUCAGGCAGGCUUACAUCAUGGCCCUGGCCCCACUGCAGCAUCGCCUGCUGACCCUCAUAAGCUUUACCUUGCCUGAGCCCAUCUAUCCAUUAGAGCAAUGAAGCCUCACUGAUCUUGGUGGGAUGAGCCUAGCAGCAAGAAUUUGUUCUUUUGCGUUUGCUUUCCCCACUUGUAAACUGAGCAUCAUAAUACUUGCCUAGAUCAAAGGGGGUAUGGCGAGAAUUAAAUAAUUAAUGUAUGUAAAGCACUUUGAAAGAUGAAAGAUGCUAUAUAAGUACAAAGUAUUAGCUACAAAAAAGCACACAGCCCUGGUUACUGAUGUAACCCUCCGGUUUAUUCUAUAAGAAAUGCAUGAAAUCUAAAUAAUUGCCACUAACAAAUAGUGAGUUAGAUUAUGCCAAGACCUUACAAGAGCUGUGCAGGGGACUGAGAGCCUUUCGUGCUCAUGUGGCUGAUUUAGGGCUUCUGCAUGAGCGAGCAGGAGGAGAAUGUCUGCCUGCAACCAGAAUUUGGAAGGGAAGGCCCUUCCUGGAUCACCCGAUCAUCUCGAGCAGCCAUGUCAAAUGGUGUAAUUCAAAAACUGAUACUGCCCUGCCUCGAAGCAAGUUAUGUCUCAUGCUGCUCUCCAACCUCGCUGCUCCAAUGCUUAGAGACCUUCUUCUGAUUUCCAAGCUAAACACACUCAUGGCCAAUUUGUAUCCAUUUGUCCUCCUGCCAACAUUGUUUUAAGUUUAACACAAGGUAUUUAUAGAUCCAGCCUGUCCUCUCUAACCUCUAAUUUUGUCAGGUUGAAUGAACCAAUCCCUUUCAGUUUUCCACCGUUAACUAGGGUCUCUAGCCCCUCUACCAAGCAGCCUACCAACACAUGGUUAUGCCUGCUGCAGCCACAAUUCAUCUUUCUCAAACAGAGGUGAAUAAAACUGUAUGCAGCCUCCUCACAGGGUCCACCAGAACUUGCUUCCUGUCAUUAAUCCAUUGCAGGCACUGUUGGAAGUCUGCGAUGCAGCCUAUAUGAUAUGUACCUUUUUCAUGGCUAUGUCACGUUGCUGUUUCAUAUUAAUUCUGUGAUCAGUCGAUGUGCUUGAGUCUGUCACUGACAUCUUAUUUCUUUAGAGAAAUUCUGACACUUGAGCCUUUCGUGCCAAACCUUACAUUUGGCACAAUUGGAUUUUGUCCUAUUCUCAUUGUUCCCAUCCUCAAGGUCAGGCAGUUCUUCCUGUUUGAUAGGCUGGAGCCUCUUGUGUAUUGACAAGCGCUCACAUUUGUGUGUCAUCAGGAAAUUUCACGAUGCACCCCUCCCUCUUUUGUGUGACAGACAAAUAAUACUGACUGAGAGCAGUCCCCAAGUUGGCCUCAUACAGUCGCACUAACAACUGUCCUCCAGAAACAGCACAUCUUGCUUUCAGCCUUCACACUGCUACAUCUCAGCUACCCUGCAGGGAUGGCUGAGGUUCUUCUAGAACGAGAGGUGAUGCAAGUCUGUAGGGCCUGCUGGACCGAACCAGUGCUUUAACAGAGGUUGAGUUCCCUUGGGCACAUUGCAAAAGAGAGUCAAAAUAGUUGUGAAGCCCUGACAUUUCAUAACAAUGCUAAGCCAAGGAAAUAUGAGGCUCAGAGUCACUUUGGACGGGAGGGAAUAUUCUUCAACAUCUGGUGGAGCACAUGCAGUCAUUCUGAGACCUAUGUCCUCAGAAAACCUUUCACAUAGAGGAUCACCGGUCUGAGGACACCAGACCGUGCAGUAAUUGCUGUUUGGAGGGAAACCCAGACUGAGGAAAGGUGAAGUGUGGGAUAGGGGUUGGGCAACUGCUUCAGGGGAGAGAUGGGCAGACAUCGAGUUCAUAAUCUGCUGCUACCUACAAAAAAGAGUGGGAAAACUUGUUUUUUCAUAGAGGUGAUUUAUAGGUGGUUUGUAUUGAUGCAGCAGUGCAGAAAGAAAAUGGAUACAGAUGAGUAUCCCUCCAGCUUGUUGUGAGAGCAUGUGAGCAGCUCCAUAGUUUCUAGGGUAAGCUCAGGAGGAGACUGAAAGAGACAAACAUCAUAUGCUAUGUUUUGCAGACUCCAGGGAAGAUCACAGGCUCCAUUUUUGAACUAGCCGAGAGCUAGGGGGAAGCCUUGCCCACACUGGAGUCAGUAACAAAGUGCGGUUGGACUAAGACGCCAACUCCAGUGUGAAGGUUCUUCAGGAGGGUAAAGUUAAGACUAGAGAUUAGGAAGAAAUUCUUUACUGUGAGAGUGGUGAGAUGCUGGAACAGGUUGCUCAGUGAGGUUGUGAAUGCCCCCUCACUGGAAGCAUUCAAGGCCAGGCUGGAUGGGGCUUUGGGCAACCUGAUCUAGAGGGAGGUGUCCCUGCCCACAGCAGGGCAUUGGAACUUGAUGAUCUUAAAGGUCCCUUCCAACCCAAACCAUUCUAUUAUUCAGUGAUUCAUGGCUCCAAAAGUGACUCUGAGGAAAGACAGACCUUAGUGCAGGGUCUGGCUGGAGGAAGGUCACAGCCAGCUGUUUCUAAGAGGCAGAGACCUUGUCAGCAAACUGACUGGGAACACAGGCUGGAUCCCCUGGUCAGACUGUGCCGUCUGCAGAUGUAAAUAUCUGUUCCAGACAACUUCUUGUGCCUUUGAGCACAUCAAAACUUGAAGUACAGUUGGAGCAGUGAAUAACUCAGUGAGACUACCCAAGUGCCAGCAUGAGACCUUGAGCCAGCUGCAGAAACAGAGCCCUGAGUGUCUGUGAGUGCCAGAACGCCUGAAAAAUGAGAUACAUAUGCAUACGCACCACAAAGUUUGUCCCGGAUUUGUGGAGAGAGCACCUUGUUACAGCUGCCUGUAGUGUUACACCAACUCAGAAGCGCUUUAUUUUUCCUGUGCCUCGUGAAAAAAGGACUUUCUGGUUUGACUACAAAGCACUGACUGCAUGGGACAAGCUGAGCGCGCUUGGCACCCCCUGCCAAGCAGAGGAGCUCCCAGUCUCCCACGCUGACUGAUCCCGCCAUCUCGGCUGUGCAUCCCACCCACGCUGUCAAAAUGAGCAAAGCCAGAGUUCAAUAUCGGCUUGGUUUUAAAUAUCAUUGCUGCAACAGGAAGGAUUUCUUGCUGUCCAUCCUUUCUCUUCAGGACUCACAGCUCUGAGGUGCAAGACCAGAGAGCUGAAUGCAGAAAGCCAUAUUUUGCCUUUCUUUUUCAGCUCAUCUUGUCCCUAAACAGAGAGACACUCAGAUCUACAUCCAAAGCUCCUACUCCUGCAGUUGCCGCGUUACAUAAGUCACCAGGCUUAAGAAAAAAAAUCUGAAUUUGUGUAGCUAUAAAAUAAAGCAGCGGUACCCAAACACUGAAACUCUCUGUUGGCAGCAGAGAAGAGCAGGAGGCGCCAUACGGAGACUGAGCCAGCAGCCCUGCAGGUUGCCCCAUCCCAGAGGUGAUGCCAUCACAGGGCUUCUGGCCAUCCUUGUGCCAGCACCAGCCUCCUCAGGACACUCCUCAGACUGGGUGGCCCUUGGCUGUGACAGGCAUGGCCCUGCUACAGAAGCCUCUUUUUCUCUCCUGCAGAGUCAAGCAUCACUAUUUAAUCCUCCUCAUUAAUAAGAAGUGUGAGCAGGAGCCACCAUCCUUUCCCCACCAUCCCGUGUCACGCUGUUCUGAGCCUGGUUGCGUGUCCGUGUGUGCGCAUCCCCGUGAGCAGGUCCAGGAGCAGACCUAAUCAUUAUCCAUGGCCGGAGCAUGAAUAAGAGGAUUUGCCUCCCUUUAAGCAAGUAAUAAUCAACACCCGGUGAGAAGGACUAAUGACCGUUACAUCUCAUUAAUGUGUUUUGACAGACAAUAGCCUCUAUGAAUACACUUCGCAGAAAGACCAGCUUUGGAGAGGGCACGGUGUUUGCAAACUCGCUUUACCUCAUCUUUAACCCCCUUCGCUCUGCUUAGGGAGAUGCAAAGGACUCCAGGUUGGUAUAAAUGCUUGCUGGAACAAGGAAAUGUAUAUGCUGGGCUGCAGCAGCUGGCUUUACCCAAUGUCUUGUUAUUGUAUUGCAAUUUCUUGCCUCUUAUUUCUCCAUCCUGAUUCUGAGCAACUGGCAGCUGCAGCUCUCAAGGACCCCAGUGCAAGCCUCGUGCAGAAGCAUAAUAAAUGUGACUUCCACUCCAAAGAAACUACAGCAAGAGUAGGCGGUGAAGUAGAAACAGUGAGACCAUUAUGGACAGCGUAGCUACUGGAAUGUUUUCUAGGGGAGAUCUCUGUAAAUGCCAGGGGCACUGGUUGGGCUCAGCUGGAGGUGAGGAGCUGCAGGCACAGGGCACCUGAGGGAGCUUCAGCAAAAGCAAAAAUGGAGGAACUUAAAUUGGUGUGGCACAGCCUCUCUGGGGGUACAAGACAUGAUUUAUUUGCCAUCUGUGAGGACUGAUUUCUUCUGUACACAUAGGUUUACCUGGUGGUCACGUGUGGUAGCUAGGGCCAGCAAGGUUGUUAAAUACAUAGCUGCUGUCUGGAGUAACCUCACAUAAAACCUCUUCUACCACUUUUCAUAUCUGUCAUUCUGUCCUGUGAAACUGGAGUGCUUCACACUCCAAUCAAACUCCUAGUGAUGCCAGAAGGGCACAUGGAGCACACGUGAAAAAUGAUUUAGUUGGCUAAGACCUCGGGAGGUCACCUGGUCCAACCCAGUGCUCGCGGCAGAGCCAGCAGAGACAAGAAGAGACGAGAACUGGCCUCAAAGGAGCGUGCUGAAAACAAGCCUCACCUCCGGCUGACCCUGAACUUUAAAAAUGUCCAUGUCAGAAGCCAGACUGAAUUGCGUGUGUCAGACCCAUUUCUAAUUGGCGGUGUCUUUUAUGUAAUUGUGCUUUCAAGAGCCAGAUAUUAUUAUUACCUGCUGUCAAUGGGCAUCGGCUUUUGGAAAGCACAGUGGCUGACUUUAUGUGUCUGCUUUUAGGAAGGACCUUUCAUCAUUUAUUUGAGACAGGGAGCCCUCUGUUUCGCUGUUAUUUAGCAGACGGCGGCCGUGCUGGGCUCUGGUGCCCAACGGCACGUCAGCUCAGCUCGGCUCUGUGCCACAGGGCUGCUCUCUGGGCAAGGCCCUGGGUCGUGGGGCAACAUGGCCAGCCCAACGCCUUCCAUCUCCCAAAUGCUGCUGCUCCCGGUUCACGUGCUGCAGUGCUGUGACUGGCAUUCCUCCUCCUUGAGGAGAUAGUAGCACAAAUGCAAUUACACAGGAGAGCGUGUGCGUAUGUCUGUAUGGCCUGAGCCUCACCACCUCCCCCUAUUUCCCAUGUAAAAAUCACAGCAGAGCAAAAUCUGAGGCCCGCGGUGCCUCGUGCAGUGCUGCAGUGGGAGAAGGGAUAGGAAAGACUGUGUCAUCAUGAAGCUGUGGCCAGGUCCUGCCUGACAUUGACUGCGCUGUUGGACUUCUUGUCAGUGUCACCCGGUGUGUCCUGCUGUUUGGCAGAGAAGAGAGCAGGCGAUGCUUCGCAACGGAUCGUGCCUGGCUGUGGAAAAGCUGGGCGAGAUGACUCAUUUUGUGCAAAGGACACCGAAAUUACAACUGCGUGCCACAUGAGAGAUGGUGGCUGGGCUGGAAUCAGAAAACAUCCUCAUCCAGGAAGGGUAUUCAAGCAUGUGCUUAAUUUAAGAACAUACUUAAUCAGGGCCUUCGGGCAUAAAAGGGUAAUGAUUAUUCUUGUGUUGCCGAGAAAAUCCAAGUGACAUCCGGAAGAUAUAUUACUCUGGAAGAUUUAGUGUUAUUCCAGCGUCCUCAUUUCAUCUCUCAAUUUCUGAAACAGUAAUUCUUUUAAUUUCUCAUUGCUAUCUAGUGUCGUGCAUUCUUUCACAGCUGUUUUACCCCCUAUUGUUAAUGCCAAGUGGAAUCAGAAAAUAUAAUCUUGUUCAGAUAAUAAUUAUGGAAGAUCAAUCCUGCAUCCGCCGCUUCCCUCCAUCCCCAUUAAACUUCCCAGCAUGCAAGAUAUGCACGCUUGCCUCUGCAGGGAAGGCCAGCCAUAGUAAAAGGACCUUUAUUCCCUCUUGUACACACAGUUUAAGCAUUUCAAAACACCAUCUCCAUCCCCAGUGUUUUUCAAUGUGUUCGUUCCCAACUUCUUCUCUAUGAAAUAUGUAAUUGCUGCAGAGAUUAGAUAUGGCGUUUAUGAUUUUAAGUACGCUACGUGUAUUUGUUUCCUUUACAAUAUCAAGUGACUGUCUUUAUUAGCAGCUAAUUAGCAUCCAUCAGAGUCCCAGAGCAGUUCUGAAGAAGCAGGCCAUCACAGAGUGGCCUUGGCUUCUUCUCCUGGUGAAGGAAGUUAAAUACUGCUGUACCAUGGGGCUCAGGAGGCUGGAAUUUGGUCCCUUUUGGACAAAAACAGAUAUAAAUAUAGCUGCCAGCCCAAAGCCAGGUGCUAAAAGAAGCACUGAGGCUUUCCUGGAGGAAAAAACUUGAUAAAGAUCCGGAGCAUAUGACUAGGGGAAUGGAGGCUUCCAGGAGAAAGGGAAAAUCCAACUUAUUUUAACUCUAAUAGUUAUUAUUAUGAUGGGCAUUAACCUAGGCAUUGGGAAGGUGUAUUCUCUGCCCCUAAUGAUGUCCUUCACACAGCUCACCCCUCUCAUAGAUGUGCUUUAGUACACUUAUGAGUGGAUCCCAUGUAGAGACAAGGACCAGCAAGUGCAAUCUAUUACAAACAUGUUUUAUCACACCAAUGAUGGUGACAAAAUGUCUUGGCCAGGGGCUAUGGACACAGAAUACACAACACUACUAAGGAGGAGGGUUUUUUUUAGUUCUUUUCACCUCUGCUUUCUUUUCAUUUUGCUUCUUUUGAACAAUGUAUCUUAAUCUAGCUCUAUGGAUGUAAAGUGAGAGUUAUGUGUGCGAGAAGUGCCUGAAAUCACUUUGUUUCUACUUUUCUUUCAUCUUACGUUCAGUAGGAUAAAUAACUGCAGAGGAUAUCGCUUAACCCAUAAAACAAAGUGACAUCAUAAUUUAUUAAUACAGAAGGCACAGUUCAUUGCUGUUAAAUGCCAUAAAGAGCUGGAAAUAGAGCAGUUUCUCAGAAGGCAUUGCCAAUAUGUCAGAGAAAAGGUUUCCUUGAUGCUCUCAGUGUGCCUAAGAUCCUCUCCUCAUUUUGGUUACUCCUCUGAGCCACUGUGUAGCAUUCCAAAGCAGCUUUGCUGGCCAUUUCCCCCACUCCUGCGGCUUCCUCCUGCCAGUGCUGGCUGCCCUGCCAUGCUGCUCCGGGUGCUUUUGCUGGGACAACAGCAGGAGCUGUGUUGUCCCUGCCCUCUUGUCCCUGUUGUUGUCCUCUCCAUGUCUGCCAGGCAGAGGCCCCACAUGGGCAGUGCAGGCGGGGCUGCAUCACGUGCAGCGGCUGGCUCCAUGCAGCAGGCUGCACACCCCUGGGCCCCGCUCCAGCAAAGCAUUUAAGCACCUGCUUACCCCUAAGCUUUGGAGUAAUUCCUCUGGCGUGAGCUAAGCACGGCCGCCUCGUGCUUCCCACGGUCUUCCUCUGAGAGGGUGCCUGGCCUCCCCGUGGGGCACAGUGCUCCCCACUGACCUCUGCGUCUGCCAUCACCCCCUCCAGCAUUGCACACACGGAUGGGCUCUGCACUGCCCUUGCUGCAGCUCCCUGCCUUCAGGGACAGGACCGGGACCCAACUCCCAUGUCGCAGCUCCCAUCCCACACACACGUGCCUCCAACCCCACGCUCACCAUCCCCUGCAGCGCCGGCGCGUUGGCAGUUGGCGACCCCCCUUGAAUCCCCCUCUUCUCCAGGCUAUAUGUGGCAUUUCCAAGCCCUGACGGCCUCUCCGAAUGUUUUCCAUAUUUGUUCAGCCUCCUCCUCGGUUCAAAUACCGGGGAGGACUGGGGCGGCACAGAGCGCGGUUUGGGGGGCAAGGAGCCCUGGCACACACACACGCACGUGAGGAGCAGCAUGGGGAAGAAGGAGAAGAAAGCCCAGCACAAUGCGGCCCACAGCGGGGAGCAGAGCACAGAAUCCGGCCACACACAGGAGCCGGCGAUGAAGAAGAAGAAGAAGAAGAGCAAGGGGGAACCCAAAGCUGGCUGGGAGGAGGAAUCUCACACGUGUUGUUGGUGCCGUUUCCCACUGCUGUGCGCUUUGUUGCAGUUGGCAUUCGGCGUCGCUGUAACGGUGCUGGGCUUCCUCAUGGCAGGCGUCAGCUCCUCCCUGCCGGUCAGAGACACUCCGUAUUGGGCUGGGAUCAUUGUCUGUGUGGUGUCCUUAGUGGGAUUUGUUAUGCUUUGCAUUUCAUACCAACCCGAUGAGAAGACAUGCGUGCAGUUCACAGUAAAGCUGAUGUAUUUUCUGCUGAGUGCCAUGGCUCUGGUUGUCUGUGUCGUGGCAGUGGCUUUUGCGGCCCACCAUUAUCUACAGCUGACAAAAUUUACUUGUGAUACUGUUCUGGAGUCCUGCCAGUGCAAACUGGACACCGCAGACCCCCUCAGCAGGACCUUCGUCUACCAGGAUGCCACUGACUGCAGCAGUGUCACCAGCAUGCUCAGCCUCUACCUGAUUCUGCAGAUGGUGCUCAACCUGCUUGCAGCACUGGUGUGUCUGCUGGCGUGCUUCGUUAUGUGGAAACACAGAUACCAGGUCUUUUAUGUGGGUGCUCGGUUCUACCCUUUAGCUACCGAGUGCCAGCAACAGAAAGUGUAGGGUCUGUGUUUCGGCAGGGCCUGUAGCCAGGGAAUGGAAAAUGUCAGCAUUCUGCCAGCAUAGAUGCCACGCAUGGAUCAAUGUUUUUAAGGCUUUUGACAAGAAAAAACAUUCACAUGUUUAAUGAAAUAUAUUCUUCAAUCAUUUUGAAUUUUGAAUCUCAACUCUUGCAAAAAGUCCCUAGUGAGACUAUAUAGAGGUCAUCUAACAUUCUGAAGAUGCAACUGUAGUAAUACUCACCAAAGAGCAUCUUCAGUAGCCAUAAACAACAUGAGCUUAAAAAGUCAUUGGGAACUCAUCUGAAGGGCUACAGCUGUUUAGACACGGAGUCUAUUUCCUUCAUUGGUAGAUACUCAUUCUUGCCUUCAGAGAAGAUAUACCAUUUUCUACCAGAUGAAGAUCUCAUCCAAACUGCUUUAUUAUAA